AGUUUGAAGGUUGUGGAUCUUUCAUACAUGAUCUCCUCCUUCCUGAGGCUCAAAAAUAAAUCAUUCUUUAAAUUCUUUCUUGGAACAUUCUGUUCUUUGAGAAAGUUCCAACCUGAGCAUUGUAGCAGACAAGGCGCUGUCUCGUGGGGGUUGUGUGGCCUCUCCUCAGCGGUACAUUGAAAGUGAUGCCUGUGGUGCGGGGAGUCCAUGCACCGAGCAUUCAAAGCACUAUUUAACACCAGGGUUUAAUGGGUCCUGUAAUUGGAAUGUCGCCAGAUAAGAAAGAGGAAACCCCUGGGAUACAACAGCUGGUGGGAUCGCGGGCCGCCGCGUGUGGAAUGGGCACCCUGCCGGAAGCGGAGAGCGCGGCCAGCCCCAAAGCGACCAGCGUGGACAAGGGGCUGGGCGAUGACGAGGAGCUCACCAACCUCAACUGGCUGCACGAGAACCUGCUGCAGAACUUCACGCUGGGCACUGAGACCCAGCCCAGCGUCAGCCCCCUGUACGACAUCGAGGGGGGCGGCGUCGUGCCAGCCUCCUGCUCCGAGGGCCAGGAGAAGGACUCUCUCAAGUCCAAGCCCCCCUACUCCUUCAGCCUCUUGAUCUACAUGGCCAUCGAGCAGUCCCGCAACAAGUGCCUGCCUGUCAAGGAGAUCUACAGCUGGAUUCUCGACCACUUCCCUUAUUUUGCCAACGCCCCCACGGGUUGGAAGAAUUCCGUGAGGCACAACCUGUCCCUCAACAAAUGUUUUCAGAAAGUGGAGAGGAAUCUGGGCAAGGCGAACGGGAAGGGAUCCCUGUGGUGUGUGGACCCGGAGUACAGACCCAACCUGAUACAAGCACUGAAGAAGCAGCACUUCCCAGCAGCACAUGCAUUCUGCACACCGCCUGCCUCUCCUCCAAGUGGUUCCUCACCCCCUCGACAUUUGAUUCUUCAAGAUCAAGGAUGUUCUCUAAAAGAGUCUGAUAUUGAUGCUGCCACUGCUAUGAUGCUUUUAAAUUCUUCCCCAGAGCAACACAGGAUGCACUGUGGCAAGCCUCAGCAGUCCAGAGCUCUCUCUCAAAAGAGGAGCUACAGCCACCACCACCACCAUCACAGCAGCAGCAGCAAUAAGAUGCCGGGGGUGCAGGAUAACCCUAUCGAUCUCUCCCGGCCAGAAAUCGCCGUCAUCAGCAACGACCCCAAGGAGGAUCACAACUACAGUGCCACGUUCCAGCGCUGCGCAUCGCGCUCCAGCGUGUCGUCCCUGUCAUCCUUCGACGAGGCCUACGAAUACGCCUCCCAGGCGCGACGGGCAGGCAGCGAGGGUUUCCAUAGCGACGAGGACUCGGACCUGGCAGAGGAGCUGGAGCAGGCAAAGGAUCGGCUGGGAGACAGCGGCUACGGGUCCAAGCAGCACGCAGCCAAGGGCCCGGCCAGCAAGAAGCCACGCAAGGAAGUGAAGCAGGAGAUCGACGAGGAGCUGAAGGAGGCGGCCGGGUCCUUGCUGCACCUCGCAGGCAUUCACACGUGCUUGGAUGCCUCGAGACGCACGGCCAAGAGCAAGAGCAAGAGCAAGAGGCAAACCAAAAAAUAAGGAAGCCUGCAAAUGUUUUUUUUUUUUUUUUUUUUUUUUUUAAUUGUUUUUUUUACAUACAAAAGAUGUUAAAGUACAUUAAAAGAAUCCUACAUGGCAAUAUUAUUGUUCACAAAGGAGAUCAAAGCCAUAUUGAGACUUUUACUAAGAAAAGUGACAUAUAUAACAAGAACUGCCGUGAACAUUUUCAUCCAUUUUUUCUUUAUAUAUAUGUGUGUGUGUGUGUGUGUG